UAAGCGCACAUUUACGACAUCACAAAACGAUUUUUGGUAGCCAAGGGAACUAACUCGUUUUCUCGUUUUGUGAUCGGUGUGCGUUUUAACAUUGUCAAGAUUGUAUUCUCUUCCAGAUGCCUUGUUGGUAUUUUGAGAAGAAAGAUAUCCGCAACUCAGCAUCCGCGCAACAUGGCAUGGAUGCCAACAUCGAGGCGCGGUACCGGCGGGAGGGAGCUCGUCUUAUACUGGAUGCAGGAACCAAGCUAGGACUACGCUACGACACAUGUUCCACGGGAGUGGUGUACUUCCACCGGUUCUACAUGUUCCACUCCUUCAAGGAGUUCCACAGAUAUGUGACGGCUGCCUGCUGCCUGUUCCUCGCAGGGAAGGUGGAAGAGACGCCCAAGAAGUGUAAAGACAUCAUCCGCACCUGUCAUGGCCUCCUCAGCCCCCAGUCAUUUGCUGCCUUUGGAGACAAUCCUAGAGAGGAGGUGAUGACGCUGGAGAGGAUCCUGCUGCAGACCAUCAAAUUCGACCUGCAAGUGGAGCACCCUCACAGCUCACUCCUCAAGUUUGCCAAGAUACUCAAAGGUGACAAGGAGAAGGUACAGAAGAUUGUUCAGAUGGCCUGGACAUUCAUCAAUGACAGUCUGUGCACCACGCUGUGUCUCCAGUGGGAGCCCGAGAUCAUCGCAACAUCGUUGAUGUACCUCGCAUCCCGCCUCCAGAAGUAUGAGAUCACAGACUGGGAGGGGAAAGUGCAUGGAAGAGAAAUGAAGUGGUGGGAGUUCCUCCUUGAAGAUCUGUCCAUGCCCUUGAUGGAAGAUCUGUGUCAUCAAGUGUUGGACCUGUACUCUCAGCAGAACAAGGACAGCCUCCAGAAGGGGGAGUCCCCUCCCCCAAGUCCCCCCAAGAUGGGAGCUCCCACCCCACCCUCCCCUGCCGUGCCCAGCAGGAAGAGAGUGAGCUCGCCAAAUGAUUCCAAGAAAGCAAGAAAAGAGGUUCCUGAAAAGAAGAGUGUCAAUGGCAGCCAGAAGACAGUCCCACCUCCACCGACAACUGUUGCGACGACAGUGGCGCCCUCUAGCGGCAUCUCCUCCUACAACCCCUACGUCGACCGCAGCAUGUAUUCCUCGUCCUUCAUGUCCCAGGAGGGCAAUCAGGCCAUUCAGCCUCUGAUAUCCGGCACCCCCACCACCACUGCCCAGUACCCCACCUACCCCCCAGGGCAGGCUCAGCCUGCUGCUCCCCCCCCUGCCCACUAUCCUGUCCCCGGCUACCCACCGGCAGGCUACCCACCUGCAGCAACAUACGCUCAGACAGCCAACCCCCAGUACACUGCAACCUCCACCACUACAGCUCCAAGACCCCCCUACAAUGCAGCCUUCCCCCCAAACUACCCACCCCCAGCAGGUUACCCAGCCUCGACCCACCCACCACCCACUCAACCACCCUACCCCGCCCCCGCCUAUCCCUUCCCCCCACAGUAUGGAUCACAGCCACCCCCACACGGAACAGCAGCCCCCCCAGCAGGUUACCCAGCGGGUGCGCCACCCCCCGGGGCUCCUCCAGGUGCCCCACCAGGAUUCCCUCCCGGGGCUAGAUUCCCACCCCCACCCCAGGGAGGACCACACCCAGUGCCACCAGGACCCCCAGGGAGUAAGUCUCAGAAAAGGAACCCUAGCAUGGUGUCAGGUAUUACGACAGUGAGGAUAACAGGGCGAUGAACUGGGCAUGUUUUAACCUGGUUAGUAUGUAUGGAGAGUGAAGGAAAGUGUGGAUUAUUGGGGAAAUGAGCUUGUAAGCCAAGGUCCUUGAGGAAUGACAGGAACUGCUAUGUUUUAAGCUGGAUACUUCUGUACUGUGGCGGGGCACUGGUGGCCCAGUCAUCUAAGGCGCCACGAUUCGCUGUCCAGAGUUGCGCCCCUUGGGCACGCCAGAAACCUAUGAUUUUGGGUUCGAAUCCCGGUUCGCCCCGAUUAUGUUUCUAGGUUGGUCAGCACCAUACCCGUGCUCAUGGGUUUCACCGAAGUGGUAAACGUCUGAGACCUGCAUCCCUUCGGGCUUUCCUCCCACAUUAAGCUGACACGCCGCGAUAUAACUGGAAUACUGUUAAAAGCGGUGUCAAACCCAACUCACUCACUCACUCUGUACUGUGGGCAGAUCAUCUUUAUCAUGAAGUGUUUACAGCAUGAAGUGUUCAGAGAUAAUUUUUUUGUCAGGAGGUGGUAACUGGAAUGCGUUUAUGAAGUACGGCCAAUGUGAUGAUUUCGUUUUAGAUUGAUUUGAACUUGGUCUUCUUUGAAUGUAACUCUGUGAGCACUGAUGAAGAUUCCAGACCUCCCAUAACCCAGAUGUACAAUACACUACAUGCUGCCACUUGUAACAGUAUAGCAUCCGGGUUCUCGCUCCCCUAGCUGCAUUUAGUAGCAUGCUCCUGUGUCUUGGGAACAGUGAUACCGUUAAUUGGCUCCAAGUUGUACUGGGGAACACUUGUUCAGAGUUCGAAUCCCAAAUUCAUCCUGAUUAAGUUUCUAGGUUUGUCAGCACCAUUUCCGUGCUCGUGGGUUUCACCAAAGUGGUAAUCAUCUUAUACCUGCGGGCAGUGGGGUAGCCUAGUGGUUAGAAGUUAAACAACACCCAAUUUUUUCCUAUGUCAGUUAAUCUGUCAAAUGAAAAAUAUCUUUAACUUCUUUUGAUUUGUAUUUUACUACGUUGUGAACUAAAGAACUGUCGGAAAUGCUAGAAAAAUGCUUUUCUGGUUUCAUGUCAUAAAUACGAGUCAUAGGACUAAAAAAAGAGCAUAUAUCAAAAUAACGCGAAUUGACCUAAUCUAGCCUGUCCAAACUGACAUUGUGAUUACCCUUAUAGCUCUGCAAGUGUAAUGUAACAUGCAUCAUGGGAG